CCAGCUUCCGAAAAUGGCGAACCGGACGGUAAAGGAUGCUCACAGCAUCCACGGCACCAACCCGCAGUAUCUGGUGGAGAAGAUCAUCCGGACUCGAAUCUAUGAGUCCAAGUACUGGAAGGAGGAGUGCUUCGGGCUCACAGCUGAGCUUGUUGUGGAUAAAGCCAUGGAAUUGAGGUUCGUGGGUGGCGUCUAUGGCGGCAACAUCAAGCCAACUCCUUUCCUGUGCCUGACCUUGAAGAUGUUACAAAUACAACCGGAGAAGGACAUCAUAGUAGAAUUCAUUAAAAAUGAGGAUUUCAAAUAUGUCCGCAUGUUGGGGGCCCUGUACAUGAGGCUGACGGGCACUGCCAUUGACUGCUAUAAGUAUUUAGAGCCUCUAUACAAUGACUAUCGGAAAAUUAAGAGCCAGAACCGAAAUGGAGAAUUUGAGCUGAUGCACGUGGAUGAGUUUAUUGAUGAGCUACUACACAGUGAGCGGGUUUGUGACAUCAUCCUGCCCCGGCUUCAGAAGCGCUACGUGCUGGAAGAAGCCGAGCAGCUGGAGCCCCGAGUCAGUGCCCUGGAGGAGGACAUGGACGAUGUGGAGUCCAGUGAGGAGGAAGAAGAGGAUGAUGAUGACAAGCUGGAGAGGGCCCCCUCCCCGGAUCACCGCCGGCGAAGUUACCGUGACCUGGACAAGCCCCGUCGCUCCCCGACGCUGCGCUACAGGCGAAGCCGGAGCCGAUCUCCCCGGAGACGCAGCCGGUCCCCCAAAAGGAGGAGUCCCUCCCCCCGUCGAGAAAGGCAUCGCAGCAAGAGCCCGAGACGCCACAGGAGCCGAUCCCGAGAACGGCGUCACCGCUCCCGAUCCAAAUCUCCAGGCCAUCAUCGGAGCCACAGACACAGGAGCCACUCAAAGUCACCCGAAAGGUCGAAGAAAAGCCACAAGAAGAGCCGGCGGGGGAACGAGUAGGGGAGGCCCACCUGCCUGCCAGGCUCUUGGGCUCCGAAGGCCCAGCCACGAGGCCAGCCUGGCCUGGCACCCCCCCCUCCCCCAUGGCGGCC